AUGAUUGCUGUACAAGAGCUGAUGAAUUGCAUAUAUUGUAAUUUAGACCAAAAUCAAACAGAUAUACAGAUAAUUAAAGAUUCUGAAACCGACAUCGAAAAGGUAAUUAAUGGCAUGGUUAAACCGUUACCCCUGGGAUUUCAUAGUGCCAGUAUUGAUCUCAAGCAAGUAAACAGCAAGGGCUAA